AUGGGUCGCUCCUUGCCUUCGCCCGUCCCUUGCAAGGUUUGCGGCGAUAGAUCCUACGGAAAACAUUAUGGGGUGUAUUGCUGCGACGGGUGCUCCUGCUUUUUUAAACGAAGCGUCCGAAGGAAUAUAAUUUAUACUUGCAUUUCCGGCGACGGGCGUUGUAUCAUUGAUAAGGCUAGGCGAAAUUGGUGCCCGUAUUGCCGAUUACAACGUUGUUUCGCCGUUUGCAUGAAUACAGCAGCCGUUCAAGAGGAACGCGGCCCGAGAAAGUCAAAAAUGCAUCCGCCCCAAGUGCUCAAAUUAUCGCGAGAAUUACAGCCUAUACAUGAAAUAUCGGCACAAAUUCUACUAGCUACAAUAAAAAGUGUAAGACAUAACGCAGGAUUUGGUACACUAAGCAAGCAUGCUCAAGACGAAGUUUUGGUCUACUUGUGGGCACCAUUGUUCAUUUUGAAAGCGGCGUACUGGCCCUCGUACUCUAUUAAUCUGUUACCAAACCUUCAAAAUGUAAUAAGAACGUUUAGAAACCUACAGCUGCACCACAUGGAAAUUGAGUGCUUGGAAAACAUACUGUUGUGUAGAACCGACCUCAUUGCAGACGCCUUUCAGGCACGGUUGGCCGCUAAUAUACAAGAAGGAGCUAUAGGAAACUUGAAGGUAAUUACAAAUUUUGACCAAAGUCGAUUUGAAAAAGUUCUACUGUCAGUUCCUUUAUUAUACAUGGUACCAGCAGGAACAAUAUGCUCUUUAUUGUUUCAACCAAUUAUUGGAGCCAUUCCUAUAGAAGCAGUUGUCUUAACCAUUAACUAAAUACUAUGUGUAGUUAUAUAUUAUUAGCAUUAAUACACAAUGGUUAGGGGUAACAUCCUUUUAAUUUAAUGCGCUCACAAAUGGAGUUUGCAGAAUAUCGUUAAAUCAACUAAAAAACUGCUGCUGUCUAAGACUAGGCGCACAUCUUGCGAUUUUCUGUCGCGCGAUCCUUUAGUCGCAAAAAUAUGAAAAAUUGUAACCCUCAGAUUAAAUGGUUGUUGUAUAUGUAU